GGAGAGACGUCGCCCCUCUCCUUGCGUAACUCAGUUUCCCGAGUUAGCUGGACGGGGUCGAGGUUGCCACGGACAUGUUUGACAUCAUCAUGUAUUCAUUUGAUGCAUGGAGUUUUGGGGAGAUGGAGAAUCUGCGGUUCAAGAACCGUAUGCGUAUGGGUAGGUUUGAGGAGGUGCCGCCAAAUCAGAAUUUCUAUGAGGUCAUGCAGCCAAGUGAACCAUGGCGGUGUGAGGAAGCACUCGACUGGAUGGCUCGCUGGCAAACAAUUGGAAAGACCAAUCUCACGAAGGCGAUCGACGUGGCCUUCAGACGAAUGUCAGCAGACUGCAUAUAUCUGUUUUCUGAUGGCAGAGCAGAUAAGCCGAUGCUGGUUUUGGAGAUGAUUCGAGUUCUUCGGACCACUUUCGGGCGGACACUGCCUGUUCACGUAGUGGCCAUGUAUUCUACCAAAGCAGGUGAUCGGUUUCUAGCAAAGCUGGCCGCUCUAACAGGCGGAACUUGCAGUGAUUUAAACAACUCAUGGCGUGUGAGAGUGAAGCAACAGCGAGAGAUCCCAGAGAUGGCUUGGAUCCAGGACGAGUUCCAUCGGAUACAGGUUGAGAACCGAGAGCAGGGAAAGAAGCAGACUGCCGCAGAGAUCAUGGAAACUGUGAGGAAUAACUUUGAGGAGAAGGUGGUCAAGGUGAAGAAGGCCGCGAAUGUGGACUUGGAAGUAAAAGCCAGGGAGGAGCAUGAGGGGAAAGUGGAGGCAAUUCGUAACGAGAACGCACGGAGAACGGCUGUAGCUCGUGCUGAGCACGAAAGCCGCACAAAAGAGGUGAUGGAAGUGAAUGAGAGGAGGAGGGAUGAAGCCAAGCGCCAACAUGAGGAAGCAUUGGCAAAGGUGAGAGCAUGGAAUGGUGAGGUGCAGGCAGAACUGGACAAGUGGGAGGAUGAGAGGCGAACUAUUAUGACAGAAAACACUCGCAGGGUAAAGUUUGGCGUUCAGAAGUACUUGGAGGAGAAGACAGCUAUCAGGGAACGAAACAAAGCCAAGGAACUUGCAGCAAGGAAAGAGUUUGGACUCAAAGUUGAAGUGGUAAAGAAAGAGAACGCAGAGAGACUGGCUAAGGCUCGGAGGGUACAUGAGGAGGCAGUGAUGUUUGUCCAGCAAACCAACCAAGCGCUCAUAGCUGAGCAUGCGGAGGCUAUGCACAAUGUUGAAGAGAGGAACAAGAAGACCAUGGAGAGCGCAAGACUGGAACACUUCACGAACGUGGAGAAUACCAAAUUGGAGAAUGAGAAGAGGAAGGAAGAAGCAAAGAAGGCACAUCAGCAAGCAGUGGAAAAUGUGAAGGAAGCCAACUUGAGGCAGAGGAGGGAAUGGGAAGAAGCCAAGGCAAAACUGGAAAGGGAGAUGCAAGAGGCGUGGAGAGAUUACGAAGCAGCAGUGGCAGCGGAGAUGAGGAAGCAUAGGGAAGACGUGGAUGUUGCGAAGAGAGAGACAGAGAGAAGGGAAGCAGAUGCAAAGCUGGCAUGGGAACAGGAGUGCAGAAGAGUGGAUGAUAAAAAUGCGGCAGCUUUGGCAGCAGCCACUGAGGCUUGGGAGAAAGAGAGAGCCAGAGUUGAAGCCGAGAACAGGAUGCUGGAGAUCCGACGGGAGUUAUAUCAGCGUCGUGUGUCGGAAAUUGAGCGUGUGAACAAGGAGACAGUGGCACGCGCAAGAGAGGAGUGGGAAAUGGCGUGUGAGUCUGUCAGAGAUGCUAAUGAGCGGAGGAUGGAGGAGGCCAGAUUAGAGCACAUGCUAUUGUGUGCCCGGGUCGAAUCGGAGAACAAUGAACGGCUGUCUGAGGCACAGGCGACCCACCAAGCUGCAGUGCAGUUGGUGGAAGAGCACAACGAGUCCAUACAACCCCUGGUCAAAGCCUCCAGGUCAGUGAAGAGAGAGCUUGAGAGAGCAAAAUCUUUCAUGAGCAGCAUGUUAAAGGAAGUUGCAGGAUUCUCUGAUGAAGUCAUUGCUUCCAUUAAUCCUUCAGCCUUGCAGCAAUUCGCCGCUAUCACAUGCCCUCAGGAGGCUAUCCGGAAUGCCCUGAAUCAGGCGUACAGUCAAACCCAAGCUUCCGCUGACGAUGGUGAUCCUGAGGAUGAGGACGAGGAGGAGGAUGACGAUGAUGAACAGGAGCGUGAUCAAGAAGCUAUGGAAGCUGUUAUGAAGGCACAGACUGCUGUGAGACAGGCUCAGGGAAGGCCUAUGUCUGCAACCGGUAGACUGGAGGACUUAGGGAGCAGAGGAUCGCUUGGUGAUGUCAACAACAUGCUGCGAGAAGUCGUCAGCGAGGGCGCGUUGUUGCCAAUCUCCCCAGACAGACCACGUGCACAUCAAUGUCAAACCUGUGGGGGUGUAUGCCCGCCAACAGAGGAGAAGGUCGCAGCAGCAGUAAGACAUCAAAAGCUGACGAAAGGGAAGCGGUUGCUGGAGCAGCUCGCACCGAGAUCAAUCGAGAGGAUAUUGCAACUAUCAGAACUCAGACUAGACAUUCUUCCAUCUCCACCAUUGCCUACAGAAACCACGUCUCACCACCAUCACAAUGAUCGUCAUCAUGGCAUUCAUGUGGUACAGCAAGAAGGAGUACUAGGAGGAGAGCUGGUAGUUCGUCCUCCACCCACCACGCUCACUGACUUGCGAAGACCAGUAUCACCUGUUCGGGCAAUGCUCAGUCGGUCGACAUCUCGUGGACAUGAACACAGUACGUGGGGAGUUUCCUCGGCAAAGACUGCACGUGGCACUCUUAAGGAGGCUGUGUCUCUCAGCAGCAGGAAUGCCACAAGGCCUCCAAGUGCCGCCAAGAGUGGUGCACUAUCCUGAACAUAACAACCAAGAAAGUUGUGGCUGCUAAGCUCUGGUGAACCGGCCGCUCUGCUAGCCACCGAGCCCCUUCCACCUCUCCUUAUCUCUCCACCCUCCCUCCUUCACCAAGACUGGCUAAAGGAGGAGCAGAUGGAUCCAGAGCAGCAAUACGGGCAGUCUAGAAGAACAGGGUGCUGCACAUGUCACUUCAGACUUAGCCCAUGAGGGGGUUUCUGCAGCAACUCCCCAAGGGCUCGAUGCACUCCACUUGCACAGCUUGUCUCCCCUGAAGCCUGCAUGUCUAUAGCUCCAGCCAGCAGCGGUCUCUGGGGUCACUGCAGCAAGGUAUCACGUGUCUUGCUGAGUACUUGCAAUAGCACCAAUGUGGGAUCCUCACGAUGAUCAGCACCAGAAGUAACAGCAGCAGGACCAGGGUCACAAGAUGGGCACAUGGCCUAAUGUAAACUUCGGCAAUAGCAUUCUCAAAG